AUGUCAUCUGGUAUCCAAUCAUUGUUGAAAACCGAAAAAGAAGCUGCAGAAAUCGUGAAUGAGGCUAGAAAAUACAGAACUACACGUUUGAAGUCUGCAAAACAAGAUGCUCAAGCUGAGAUUGACAACUACAAAAAGCAAAAGGAAGAAGAGUUAAAAAAUUUUGAAAAAGAACACGAAGGGUUAAAUGAAAAGAUAGAUAAAGAAGCUGAUGCUGAAGUUCAAAAGGAAUUGACCAGCAUCAAAUCCACUUUUGAAAAGAAAAAGAGUGCCGUUGUUAAAUUGUUAGUUGAUGCUACUGUCAAACCAACACCAACCUUACACAUAAAUGCAUCUCAAUAA